CAAUUUUGUUUCACUUUUCUUUCAAGGAGGCUAUACGUUUGUCCAGAGGUUUUGAGGAGUAACUUAAUUUAUGAACUAAAAACAAACUUUUACAACAUAGGUUUGAAAGCAAGUAAAAACGAGUUUGAAAUUGGACUUGUUCAGCUAAUAUUUUCGAAGUAUCCACUGUAGAAAAUGGCAGCGUACCAAGGGCCCAGAGUAAACAAAUUGAAAGAAGCGGAAGAUUUGGUGCAGACCCUGAGCGAGGUUCUCACCUACGGGGACCAGCAGAAGGCCGGACAGGUUGCCGAAAAGCUUGCUGCCCUCCGCGUCCCCGUUUCCGUAACGAUACACCAGGAGGCCUAUGGAAAGGACAUUAUACAACUGAAGGUGGGGGUAGAGGACUCCCUGUCAGUCACUCCUACUAUGAUCACCAUGCCCGUAAGGCCUGGGAUGACCAUCGCAGAUCUGAAGAACAAGGUGAACACCAAUUACAAUUUCCACCCGCGUCUGCAGACCUGGGUGAUUGGGAAACGUCUGGCCCGGGACACAGAAACGCUGCACAUGCACGGAGUCACACACGAUGGGGACCAGGCCUAUGUCUACAUCCUGUCGCCGUCGGCAGUGGACCUGACCCGCGAGCAGUACAAUCAGGACGAGGAGGACCGCCGACUGGAUGGUAUCAUUGAGACCAUGGAGGCCAGACACACAGAGAGGACGAUGUUACCACCAGGCAGGGGCAGGGAGCCAGCCAUUCCCAGACAUAAAACCACCCAACCACCCAGGGUUGUCCAACCACCCAGGGUUGUCCAACCACCCAGGGUUGUCCAACCACCCAGGGUUGUCCAACCACAGGGCUGGGUGUGUCCUGGGUGCACGUUCUUGAACAGGCCCACGCGGCCGGGCUGCGAGAUGUGCAGCACGGAGAGGCCCAAGGACUACCAAGUCCCGGAGCGCUACGAGCCCGACCCCGAGGAGGCCCGCCGCAUGCAGCAGGAGGAGGUUUCCCUCCUGCAGUACGAGCAGGCCUUGCAGGACGAGAGGGAGAGGAAUUUCCAGAACCUGCUGGAGGUGGACGAGCACGGCCUGGUGCCCAACGACGACGAGCUGGACUGCCCCAUAUGCUUCACCACCAUCGAACCAGGAGAGGGCGCCGUGCUCAGAGAGUGCCUGCACACCUUCUGCAAAGACUGUCUGAAAGGAACGAUAAUGGCCUGCCAGGACGCAGAGGUCCCCUGCCCUUUUGCGGACAAUGAGUACACCUGUGAAUGCAGGCUGCUGGACAGAGAAAUACGCUCUCUUCUCUCUCCGGAGGAGUAUCAGAGGCACCUGGAGCUCAGGCUGAACAUCGCAGAGACGCGGAGUGAGAACAGCUUCCACUGCAAGACGCCCAACUGCCAGGGCUGGUGCAUAUACGAGGACGAAGUCAACGAGUUUCCGUGCCAGCUCUGCGAGGAGACCAACUGCAUCCCCUGCAUGGCUAUUCACAACAAUAUGAACUGCAAGGAGUACCAGGACGACCUCCGUGUCAGAGCUGAAAACGACAUUGCCGCUAAGCAGACCCAGGAAAUGAUCAAGGCCAUGCUGGAAGGAGGUGAAGCCAUGCUCUGCCCAAAGUGCAAGAUCAUCCUGCAGAAGAAGCACGGCUGUGACUGGAUCUGCUGUGUGAUGUGCAAGACGGAGAUCUGCUGGGCCACCCGCCAGGCCCGCUGGGGCCCCAUGGGCCAAGGAGACAUCUCUGGAGGCUGCAGGUGCAGAGUGAACGGACCUUGUCACCCCGACUGCAAAAACUGCCACUAAGGGCACCCCUCUUCACCCCCACCGAUCCUCUUCAUGUUCACCCUUCACGUUUUCUCCACCCGAUCUCCACCCGAUCUCCACCCGAUCUCCACCCGAUCUCCACCCGAUCUCCACCCGUUCUCCGGCUCCAGAGGUGGCCCGAUUGCUCCUUUACUCUUAUGUGGAAAUAUGGCGUUCUGAGGUCGGGGAAAGAGUUUGUACCAUUCAACUUGCUUUGGUGAAGGUAGAUUGCGUUGACACUCCAGUCAUACGGGAAAUGAAGGAAGUCUCCUUGCGUUUAUAGAGCGUAGUACAAUUUCCGAUACAGGCCGAUAUCAAAUUUAUUUGAUUCAAGGUUGCAUUUCCAAUUUUACACAUAAUCAAAAUGGUGGCCAGGCAUAGGGGGCUUGUCUGGGGGGAGAGAAGAUAUGGAUUGUAUUGACGAGAGAUAACUUGAAAGUACUCAGGGACAGUUAAAUGACUGGAAAAUCUUUACUUCCAUUUAUUUUUGUCUGGUGAAUAUUAAUAAUGGGAACGUUGAACUCCUUUGGGCACUGGAGAUGGAUGCAACCUGCAUCAGUCAUGUUUUUCUCAGUGAUUCUUGACAAUUUCUGGUUUGUCAGCGUGCGCUUGUAUAGCUUGAUAAUUAUGAGGAAAGUUAAAGAUUACAAGUCUAAACUAUAACUGAAUGAAUGCAUUUGAAAUUGCCCCACAUACUAGCCAGGUUCAGACAAAUUAAGUGUUAAAUGAUUAAAUGUUAAACCGCUUAAAUUUGAAAUCAGCAAAAAUUGUAUUUUAUAAUAAAUAAAAACCUGUGGGGUAAUAUUAAUAGCAACAUAUUUAUUUAAACAUAGGUGGCUAAAAUUAAUUACUAAGUCCGUUACGAUAGGAGUAACCAUCUCUGGGCUGUCUAAUUUAUUGGGUUAUGGUUUUGGGGUCAUUGAUUAUUUUGAAAAUGUAGUUUAUCUAGCCCUCAAAAUAAACUCUUUAUUCCUUUCCCAAGAAUCUGUGCAUUUAACCCAGUUUUAAUAUACUAUACUGUAAUGACUUGCAGACAGAUUUGAAUGAUGCAUUUUCCCUCCCACUGUUAACCAUGGUUCUGACAUUUGUCUGCAACAUGUAACAAGCAUUUGUCUGCUGUAUGCUGAGCUUCCACAAUCAUAUUAAAAUUUAAAUUGGGGCCGCGGUGGCGCAACAGGCUAAGACGCAGCGGACUUGCGGUUUUUAAAUUUAAAUGCAUUCCAAGUUCCUUGUAAGGGAGUAUAAAUGUAAGGUAAAGUGCAUAGAUUCUGGUUGUAAAAAAUAAAAUUCUCCUGCCUCCGUUGAGUGA